UGGUACUAGCGCUCUUUGCGUAAAGACGUCUGAUGCUUGGAGAGAAGCAGAUUCGGGCUCACCGCGCGCAAACGCCCACAUCCUCAAGUCGACUCUGCUUUCUUUAGGUGAAUGAAAGUUUCCUAGGAGGGGGACGGAAGAAGAGAUGAUAUCUGACCAGGAUGAGUCGGAAAGGUGAACUUAAAUAAGCAAAAGUGCGCGUUAGCCACCUGUUAUAUAUCAGCGCGAAAUGGGCAUGCUUAGUGUGGACCUCCUGGUAACUUUGCAGAUAUUGCCGGGUUUCUUCUCCAACUGCCUGUUUUUCGUGCUGUAUGAUUCGAUAGUGCUGGUAAAGCGUGUGGUGUCGCUCCUGAGCUGCUCGGGCUCCACGGGUGAGUGGCAGCGCAUGUUAACCACAGCUGGCGUGCGCUCCAUAUGGAACAGCUUUCUGCUGGAUGCCUACAAACAGGUGAAGCUAGGCGGGGCUGCUCCAAACUCCAAGGUGGUGAAGGUCCCCGGCAUCAACAGACGCUGGAGCAUCAGUGGUAAAACCCACAGCGAGUGCCACUUGCUGGACUUUGAGUCUCCUGACCGCCCGCUAGUGGUCAACUUCGGCUCAGCCACUUGACCCCCAUUUAUAAGCCAGCUGCCGGUUUUCCGGCGGAUGGUUGAGGAAUUUUCGGAUGUGGCAGACUUCCUACUUGUCUACAUAGAUGAGGCUCACCCCUCAGACGGCUGGGCGGCUCCUCCCAUGGAGCCCUUUUCGUUUGAAGUGAGGAAACACCGUAAUCUGGAGGAGAGGAUGUUUGCUGCCCGGAAACUUCUGGAGCAUUGCUCCUUGCCGCCUCAGUGUCAAUUGGUGGCCGAUUGCAUGGACAACAACGCCAACGUAGCCUACGGUGUGUCCUACGAGCGGGUUUGCAUCGUACAGAAGAAUAAAAUCGCUUACCUUGGCGGUAAGGGUCCAUUUUUCUACAACCUUAAAGAUGUUCUGCACUGGCUAGAGAAGAGCUAUGGCAAGCGAUAAUUUCUUGGAAAAAGAGGUCAAAUAGCCUUUUCUGUGAAUGGUAAAAGAUUUUAUUUUUGUAUGACAGAGAGAAAUCGAGGGUAAGGUGCUUUGGAACUGUUUAACGGUGGCUCCGGUGGAAACACUUGGGCUGGGCUCCAAGUUUUUUUCCUGAAUUGUCUAAAAUGAUCAGCAGGUGUCCUACAUUCCUAACCACUUUAAAAUUAAAUGAACAUAGACACUAAAUACUGACCAUGUGGUUUGCACUUCAAUUCUGAGAUUAUAUUGUUGCCAGCAAUACAAUUUGUAGAUGCACUAUUAAUAACUUGUUCCUUUGCAAUUAAUGUAGAGUUAAAAGUGUGCAAUAUUUUUGUGUGACAUAUAUUGCU